ACCUGUUCACCCUACUCCCCACCACCGCUAGUUCCGCUCUGCCGUGCUCCGGCUCGCCCUGACGUGCGCGCGCGCGACGACACGCGCUUGACGUCUGAAGCGUCUCGACUCCUCGCGCGCACCAUCACACACUCCUUCCCAAACUCGCCUCUCCGCGCACUCGCCAUGGCAUCCCCUCUGCGCCUCUCACCCGCUCUGCUUCGGCCGUCUCCGCUGCCUGGGGAGGUCCACCUCUGGUGUCUCAAACCUCCCUCCCCCUCCUCCUCCCCCUCCUCCUCUCACUCCUCCCCCUCUGCUUCUCCAUCCGCCUUCACCGAUCCCUCCCUCCUCGCCUCCUAUUGGUCCAUGCUGAGUCAGCAGGAGAGGCUGCGAAUCGCAUCAUCCCCGCCACAUCAGCAGCGAGCAGACUCCACACUGCCGCCCCCCUGCCAGCUGGCAGAUGCCUAUUGGCUGAGCGGCGGUGACCCGUUCGUGUCUCUGCCGUGGCCGCUCUCCCCCGCGCAGCUGCAGCAGCUGCUCACCCGCGCCCUCGUGCGCGCCACCCUCGCCCGCUACAUGGAGGGCCGCAUUCACCCGGCCGACAUUCCCUUCCGAACCAACCCGUGGGGCAAGCCGCAGGUGUGCUGGGCCUCACUCCACAACCCAUCAGCGCCCAUCCCGCCAAUCCAUGCUUGGCAGCAGCAAGAGCACUAUGACAACUGCCUUAUCUCGCGAGUGUCGCACAGGCAUGAGCCGGGCGGCAGAGCCAGGGAUGGAUGGGCUGGAGACGCCAACGGAACGAGCAGCAGCACCACAAGCAUCAGCAGCCGCGGCAGCAGCAGCGGUGGCGGCACGGCUCUGCACUUCAACGUGACGCACACACACAGCCUGAUCGCCCUGGCGGUCACCUCCGCCCUGCCGGUGGGCGUGGACGUCGAAUCCUCCUCGCGCUGCCCCCGCCGCGGCGUGCUGCCCGUGGCGAGGAGGCGGUUUGCGGCAGAGGAGGCGGCGUGGGUGGGGGCUGGCAGGGACGAGAGGGAGAGGCAGCGGCGAUUCGUUCACUUGUGGACGCUCAAGGAGGCGUAUGUGAAGGCCAGGGGGCUGGGAAUGAACGCACUGCCCUUCCGCUCCUUCUCCUUCCACCUCUCGCCGUCGCACCAAGCCGCCCUCGCCUUGAAAGACUCCCUCGCUCAUGUUGCUGACAAGCCCUGGUCCAUUUGCCUUUCUCACAGCCCCUCCUCUCCCCCCACCCUCAAUCAGCAAGCCUCCAGCUCCUCCCCUCUCACAAACUCGUCAGAAGCAACGUCUGCCAGCCCGCCUCCCUCGCCACUCACACCCUACCCAUCCGCCCAUGCCUCCACCCAAGAUCCGCUCGACUGUGAUGCUGAUGUGGCACCACGAGAGAGCGACAUGUGGCGCAGCAUGCUUGUCCAGCUGUCGCCAGCCCAUGUCGUUGCUUUGUGCACGGGCUGCCACGAUCUUCCCCGUCACUAUCCCUUGAGCUUGCAUGCAUGGUACACUGUACCCCUGCUAGGAGAUGAACCUGCUAGAAACAUCUUGGGCCUUGGCGUAUCAAUAUAAAGCCUUCUGUUGGAAAUACCUCAAGGACUUAAAGCGAGUGAUCAAAACAGGGCCUCAGAUUGCAGGCUUUUUACCCUGAUUCAGGGUAAAAUCAGGGCUUUUUUUUAGGGUGACC